AUGGAAACCCUUCCAGCAUUCCCUUUUCCUCAUACAUUCUUUGAUUCCGAUGAAUUUGCACCACUUCCUGAAAAAUGCCAUCAUGAUUUAACAUUCAAUUUCAAAGUCAAUCAUGACGCUGAAAAACUUAAAGAACAAGAGCAAGAUUUUAGUUUUCCAUGCUUUGAUAGUCUAAAAGAGACAUUUGUAACUGCCGAAGACAUAUUUGACAACGGUCUAAUCAAACCAAUCUUUCCCGUUCUCCACCAAUCUCAUAUGAUCACGGCGAAAAAUGGUAAUGUGAUAUCAUCACCUCUCCGGCGAUUCGCCACGAGAAACAGUAAUGUGAUAUCAUCACCUCUGGGGCUAUCGCCGGAGAGGUUCUUUGUUGAGCAGCAUUGCAAUGUUCUUCCUUUAGCUUCUAAAUCACAAGGAGUACCUAAACCAAUAAUCUGCGAGUUGUCGAAGAAAAUGACGAAUUUGGAGGUGGAAGUAGUCGAGGAUUCGAAAAAGAGGCGCAAUAAGAAGAGCUCGAUUUCAUUCUUAAAUUUGUGGCGGCUACGCCGGCACCUGAAGCGUCAAAACUACAAUGAUGGGAAGGACGGUCUAACUUUUCCAGCAUCAACGAAUAAGAAAACAAAGGCAAAGGGAAGGAAGGAAAAGAAAAGAGUAUCAGCUCAUGAACAAUUUUACGUGAUGAACAGACUUAAGAAGGAGAGCAAUAAACGAAGGUCUUUUCUUCCUUAUAAACUGCAAUUAUGUGGAUUAUUUGCCAGCUUGAGAAUAUUUAGUGGGAACCUUCUUUCAUAUACCCAAUCUUAG